AUGGGGAGGGGGCCGCCCCGCCCAGCGCUCGGGGCUCUUCCCAGUGGGAGCUGGGGGCAGUCGGCUGCUGCUACCAGGGCUCCACGGACGGGGGUCCCCCGGAGCAGCCUCAGCUUCAGCGCAGCAGCGCUUGCCCUUGCAGAAGUCGUCAGGGAGGCUCCAGCCCCAGAGCGAGUGGCCGCCGUGCCCAUCCCGGUGCCUGGGCCAGGCGAGGAGGUCCAGGCCGAGGAGCAGGGCGGGAUCCCCAUCCCCAGCUCCGGCCUGCUGCAGGUGGCUGAGAGGAGACAGCCGCUGAGCAGCGUGUCCUCGCUGGAGGUGCACUUCGACCUGCUGGACCUGACCGAGCUGACGGACAUGUCGGACCAGGAGCUCGCUGAGGUCUUUGCCGACUCCGACGACGAGAACGUAGCCGAGUCCCCUGGUGGGCUGCAGCCGCACACGCUCCCGCGGGCCGGGUACCUGCGCUCCCCGUCCUGGACGCGCGGCAAGGCGGAGCAGGGCCGGGACAAGAAGCACCUCGGCGACUCGGAGCUGCAGGCUGGCGAGGCCGACACCUUCCUGACCGUGGAGCGGCCCCAGGACGCGUGAGGCCGGGCUGGAGCCCGGUGACUCCCGCAGCCGCGCGGGCGCUGCAUUGCCCUGGUCCGGCCAGGCCCGAGCGCAGGUCACGAUGACGUGUUUGUUGGCGCUUUCUACCCCUCUGCUGCCCGUUCUGCUCGCACCGGGUAGGGCACGAGCAGGAGAGGAGCGCGGCCCCGGUGCCGGCCACGGGAGAGACCUCGGAGGGAUGCGAGGGCAGCUGGGUCCCAGCUCAGCUCUCCGUGAGCACGCUCCUGGGCUGGGACCAGCGCAUGGCACCAGAGCUGCCCCUGGAGCCUCGGCCCAGGGGAAGGGUGGCACCGGGGCAUCCUGGCGGCUGGACUCCAGCCACCCCUCGGUCCCAGGGCUGGGCGCUCUCCCACCAGCUCCAGGCCCCUCGCGCUGUCCCUCGCCGGACAUACGCCCGUCCCCCCUUACUCAGAGCACCAAAUAAUGCCAACGCUGCCUCCAGAGCCGCGGCGACGUUCUUCCAGGCUGGGUGGAGCAGGCCCGGCUGCUUCUCCAUCUC